GCUGCUACAGAGCGCAGCCCCGGAGCGUUUCACAUCUCGGUGGUGAGAAGUUGCCGGCACGGUGCAGCACCGGAGCUCCCAGGCAGCCCGUGGGCCGUGCUGACCGGCUCUCUGUGCCCGGGCUGCCUGCCUUUGGAGGGGAACGUCCUUCCUCUGCGUGCCGAGGGGGCUGGAAGGAGGGCAGCCCGUGGAGAGGAAUGGUAGCAGAAAGUGAGAUUUACAGCACGGCUGCUGUCGAACUGCUGCUGCUUGCCCGGUGCUGCUGGUGACGUGCUCCAUGGAGAGGCAGUUCACCCGUGUGACAGAGCACUGCACAACAGUUACUUCGAAAAGGCCGUUUGUGUGUAGUUAAAGAGACUUCCUGCAAGUACAAGGCGCAGCUCUUCUCCCUGGCCUGGUCUGAUUUACUUAGAGAGGCUGAAGGAACCGGUCUUGUUUUAAGAGACAUUUACAAGAGGCCUGGAAUUUCACUUCACCAAAAUUUUUAUUUUUAUGUAAUAGAUCCAGUGGCCUAGUUUCGUCUUAAUUAAGAAGAUAGACGUUAAAUGUGCUCACCUGAAAAGCAACUGCUGAUUUAAACAUUAGGAUGUGAAAGUAAUGGUCUCAGUGCCGUGCCUAGCAGAGCAAAACGAAGGCCUGAUUCUCCCCGUGCUGAAGUUCAGCAGCACGUCUGAGUACAGGGCAGCGAGGACUGUCGUUGUCAUUGCUCAUGCAGCGCUGGCUUUUGCUGUGGUGUGCUAAUUGAGGGGAAAUGCGAUGAAGAACUGCAGCGGGGCUUAAAGGAAACGCGUGUCAGAAUUGUGGAGGGGCUGCAGCACUGGCUGGGUGCAGGGCUGAGUGGUAGGGCUCCCUGGUGGGCACACUAGACUGGGUGGGGACUGCAGGUACGGUCUGGGCGCUCUGCACGGCUCGAGUGGCAGAUGGAGCUGUAGGUCUCCUCAGAGGUACGGUACUGACUGCUGUAACAAAUACCAACACAAUUAGCUGAAGAGGCAGCAGUCUGACAGGCUUGGCACAGGUAAAUGCUGCAGUUCGCUGAAACGACGUGCUGUAUUCCAGUGAGUACUCCGUAAGAAGUUGUAUGCUUUGCUCAGCCUGAGCUUGCAAGCCAGAAAUCCUGAUCUCAUUUGGUUUUACUCGGGCAGAGGCACAGCAUUUUGGAAUCUGAUGUCAUACGUGCAUCUUGUUCGGUGGUUUGCAUUUUUUAUGAGCUGAAGUUUUUUUACACAGUUUUGGCUUAGCUGAUUGAUGAUGGAUGCUUCUAAGUGAAAGAAAAUUUGCAGUCUCCUGACUUUUGUAGAAAGGCAGAAACUGGACCUACGACUGUAAUUCCUUUUUGAUCCCCCUGCAAACACUGAGAGGGUAAUGCUGGAUGCUUUCUGUUUUUCCCUAAAAGCUGUAGUCUGAGAUGGCUCUGAAACACAUGCAAAUCUGUGUGCGUGUAUUGGUCCCAGUCUGCAAAGUUGCUUUAGUACAUGUCCCAGCGAGGGUUUUGCUGGAUGAGGAUUGAUUAAAGAACCUAUCUGGAGUUAAGUAUGUGUGUAAAUCCUUCCAUAAAUAGGGACGAGUCAGCGUGCUCAUAAACUGAAACAACAAAAGUGCUUCUGAGUGAGGGAGAAACGGUCCCACUAAAUCCUUUUAUUGUCCCAAGAGUGAUAAAAAUAUUUGGUGAGAUUCCAAGUGGGGGGGGAAAAAAAAAAGUAUUUUGUUGAAUAUGUGAUGUCAGCAGAAUGUCAGUGCUGUUGCUCACAGUAUUUUUACAGAAGAAAAAUUCAGAAAUAGAAGAAAAAGAAUCAUGCUGGUAGCAUUGGCUGUUGUUUACAUUGUUUGAGCAUUUGCAGCGCUGUGCACUGGCUCUAAUGUGCUGCGGUUAAGGACAAGGUAACGCCACGUUCCCCUGGCUGACUGCAUUCACCCAAUGUCAGCAGUUGCAGCAGUAUUCUGAGUUGUGCCCCUCCUCAGAUAGAACACAAGCCGGUUCUGCUGGCACUGAAGUCAGCUCGACUCCCUUAUGGUUCUUCACCUCGUCAAGAUCACAUUUAGGAAAAGAGUACUCUGUUGGAAUAAGUGGGCUACAUUCUGUGCUGUAUGUGUGCUGUCUGUGAGACUGAAUGCACAGUUUAUUUGUGCUUGAGUAAUAGCAAAGCAAUCGCUCAGGCUUCAUUAGGGUGCCUUAGGGAGCUGCCAUUUGAGUCUUACCUGUGUUUUUGCUUUGUUUUAUUUGGCUCCCACCUCCUCAACUUUGGGAUCGCCAGUCACGCCGCAGGCCGAGCCAGACGGGCAAGCAAUACAAGCUGUGAAUUUAUUGUUGACCCCUGCAGGACAGUGACCACCUUCACCAUCAUCUUCGCCGUACAGAGAUGCGCUGUCAGUAAGUGAAAAGGUCAAGAAAAGCAGUAGCUCAGUGGCUGAGUUUUUCAGAAGUGCUUUACAGCAGGGAAAGUGGGGAAACCUCUUAAAGUGGUAUCUUAUUCAGCACCAGCUGCUGCCCACUUGUUCUGGUUCUGGGGAUGCUUUUAGUGGUGGAUGAAACCGUCGGCCUGGGAUCUGGGAGUUGUGAUCUUUGCUGCAUAAUGUAUUUCUGGGCCGCGAGCAGGGUCUACUUUUCUUCGAGACUUCAGCAGCAAGCACCUCACUUCCUGAAUGUUGCUGUCAAGAGAAACUGCGUUUCAAUAGAUACAGCAUCUGAAUGUGAUCCUGGAGCCCAGGAAAGAGUUUUAAUGCAAAGCAUCAGAAAAAAACCGCUGCAGCAUCUCAUGUGAGAGAGGGGAGAGAAGAAAGGAGACUUGCGCAAUAACAUCUCGAAACACUCAGAUGGUUUGAGCUCUAUCUCACCUCAUUUGAAAGAGGAAAGCCAUUGAGGACCUUUGAGCAAUCCAACAGCUUCUGAAAAAUCUUCAUGCUAAAGGAUAAUCCUGAGUUCCUUGGAGAAGAACAUAGUGAAUGUUAAUCCAGAGGAGCCGUUGGAGAAUCGUGCUCACGGGGAGAUGAUUCCUCAUGAAGUCACUGGAUCCCUUGCAGAAAUCAAAUGUGACUUUCCAUUUAUCAGACUGAAAUCAGAGCCAGCCAGACAGUGAAGCAAGCACAGUGGAGGGGGGACGGCGAAAGAUGAAAUCCAACCAAGAGCGGAGCAAUGAAUGCCUGCCGCCCAAGAAGCGAGAGAUCCCCGCCACCAGCCUGCCUUCGGAGGUGAAGCCGGUCCUGCCGAAUGACAACCACCGCACGGACAACCUAGCAUGGCUCCCCGGCAGUCAGAGCAGCCUAGGGGGCAGGCACAGGCCCGGGGGAACGUCGGCGGAGGUGGGCUUGCAGCAGGGCCUGCACAAGCCACCGCCGGCAGGGCUGGACUAUUCCCCACCGAGCGCGCCCAGGUCGGUGCCGGCCCCCACCACGCUCCCCACCGUGUACUCGUCCGCACUCUCCCAGUCCGGGACCCCCGUCUCCCCUGUGCAGUACACGCACCUGCAGCACACGUUCCAGUUCGUUGGGCCCCAGUACAGCGGACCAUAUGCCGGGUUCAUCCCCUCGCAGCUGAUCUCUCCGACCGCCAAUUCGGCAACCGGCGCCGUGGCGGCGGCCACAGCUGUCGCGACCACUCCAUCCCAGCGCUCCCAGCUGGAGGCUUAUUCCACGUUGCUGGCCAGCAUGAGCGGCUUAAGCCAGCAGGGGCACAAAGUCGAGCCGCACCUGGUUAGGACGCCCGGGCUGAUAGCUGCAGGGUCUCCUCCACCCGCCCAGCAGAACCAGUACGUCCACAUCUCCAGCUCUCCCCAGAGCGCGGUCAGAAACAUCUCUCCUCCAACCAUCCCGGUCCCCCUGCACCCUCACCAGACGGUGAUCCCCCACACACUCACCCUUGGCCCCUCCUCCCAGGUUGUGGUGCAGUACAGUGAUGCCUCGCACUUUGUCACAAGGGAUGCCCCCAAGAAGCCCGAGAGCGGCCGGCUGCAGGCCAUGCAGGCCAAGGAGGUGCUGAACGGAGAGAUAGAGAAGAGCCGGAGGUACGGCAUUUCGCCCUCCGCCGACAUGGGUCUGGUCAAAGCAGGCAAUAAACCAGCUCCCCACCAUUACGAGACCAGGCACGUGGUGGUGCACUCGGGCCCUGCCGACUAUGGUGCCCGGGAGUCCUCAGGGGUCCGAGCCUCCGUCAUGGUGGUCCCCAACAGCAGCACGCCAACCGCGGACUUGGAGGUGCAGCAGGCCACCAACCGAGAGAACUCUCCCUCAGCCCUCAACGACAAGGGAAGCUUGCACUUAGGAAAGCCAACCCACCGUUCCUAUGCUUUGUCCCCGCAGCAGGCCCUGGGCCACGAGGGGGUGAAGGCCGUGGCCACGCUGUCCCCCCACACCGUCAUCCAGACGACCCACAGCGCGUCCGAGCAGCUCCCAGUGGGGCUGCCGGCCACAGCCUUCUACGCUGGGACCCAGCCGCCGGUGAUCGGCUACCUGAGCAGCCAGCAGCAAGCGCUGGGGUAUCCCGGGGGGCUGCCCCAGCACCUGGUGAUCCCCGGCACGCAGCCCCUGCUCAUACCGGUCGGCAGCGCCGACGUCGAGCCGUCGGGCGUCGCGCCGGCCAUUGUCACCUCGUCUCCCCAGUUCGCAGCAGUGCCUCACACGUUUGUCACCACCGCUGUCCCCAAGAGCGAGGCUUUCAGCGCCGAGCCCCACACCACCCAGCCCGCCUACCAGGCCACCAUGGUGCAGGCGCAGAUCCACCUCCCCGUGGUGCAGUCCAUCGCAUCCCCCGCUGCGGCCCCCCCCACGCUGCCCCCCUACUUCAUGAAGGGGUCAAUCAUCCAGCUGGCCAACGGGGAGCUGAAGAAAGUAGAGGACUUAAAAACAGAAGACUUCAUACAGAGUGCGGAAAUUAGCAAUGACCUGAAAAUAGACUCCAGCACUGUGGAGAGGAUCGAAGAGAGCCAUAACCCAGGCAUUGCUGUGAUACAGUUUGCGGUUGGAGAGCAUCGAGCACAGGUCAGCGUGGAGGUCUUGGUAGAAUACCCUUUUUUUGUAUUUGGACAAGGCUGGUCAUCCUGCUGCCCUGAGAGAACCAGCCAGCUCUUUGAUUUGCCAUGCUCCAAACUCUCAGUGGGGGACGUCUGCAUAUCGCUUACGCUCAAGAACCUGAAGAACGGCUCUAUUAAAAAGGGCCAGCCCGUGGACUCAGCUAGCAUCUUGCUGAAGCAUUCAAAGAAUGACAGUCUAGCUGGAAGUAGACACAGGUAUGCGGAGCAGGAAAAUGGGAUUAAUCAGGGAAGUGCACAGAUGUUAGCUGAGAAUGGUGAACUGAAGUUUCCGGACAAAAUAGGAUUGCCUGCAGCACCUUUGCUCACCAAAACAGAACCCAGCAAGCCCCCGGCAACAAGGAAGAGAAGGUGGUCAGCCCCCGAAUCGCGGAAACUAGAGAAAUCAGAAGAGGAGCCACCUUUGACUCUUCCCAAGCCUUCUUUUAUUCCUCAGGAGGUUAAGAUUUGCAUUGAAGGUCGAUCCAAUGUAGGAAAGUAAAUGUUGUUUGGGGAAAGGAAAUUAGGCUAUCCCUUGUCAUUUUUAUCCAGAUUACUGUACUGUAGACUAAAUAACCCAGUAUUUACAUGUUAUCAUCUUAUUUUAGGUUUAUGUUAUAACCUUGUUGUUAUAGUUGCAGCUGGUAUUAUGCAGGAGACUGGUGCAUAUGUUUUUCCACAAGUGUUUGUCAGUGACUAGGUUUCCUGAGAGCUACAGAAGGGGCAGUAUCUGCUUCACACACCCUUAGUGGAAAUGAAUGUGUUGUCAUGGCUCCUGUUUUCUAACACCUCGUGUAGGACAGGGUCCAGCUGUGAUUUUGUUGGGUUGUUUUUGUUUUGUUUUGUUUUGUUUUCCCUUGUUUUGGUUCCUGUUCCAGUUUUUGGGGGGAGGUGUGGAGAAGGGAACUGUAGCAGAGGCGUGUGUCACGCGUGGUGUGCGUGUCAUGUGUGGUGUGCAUGUGUCACGCGUGGUGUGUGUGCUCAGCCUGAGGCAGCCCUGCAGCCAUGGGGGCUCAUGAGGAGGUUUUCUCACCCCAGGUGAAUGUGGAAGACACGGCCCCACAGAACCAAAAAGGAUCAGAUGCUCUCUGACCUUGUCAACAAAAAGCCAACUCUUACUCAAGAUUCAUAGUAUAUAUAUGUACACAUAUAUGUGCAUGUAUAUAUAUAUAUAUGUAUAUAUAUAUAUUUGUGUGUGUGUGUGUAUCUGUACAUAUAUAUUUCCCCCAUGGGGUCCGACUGCACUGAUUUUUAUUCGCGAAGCAACUGCCACACCAACAUUUCCUUCUGCUUGCUCGUGCAGUUCGUUGCCAGAGGCCAUGCACACACACACACACACACACACACGGGGUGGCUGUUCUGCACCAUUCACCCUGUGGGGCUGCCUGGUGGUGUGAGCGUGUGCGAGUGUGCGCAGGUGUGUGUGGGUGAGCUGGGAGUCUCAGGCUGGGUGUUGUGCCCGGCUCAGGCUCGCUCCUGUUUCUGUGCAGUGUUAGACGCAUCGGUCAGGUUAUGCCAUGGACAUUUGCUUCCACGAGGGAGAUGCAUACUGCCCCUUUGAGAUCACAGGCACACGUCGUUUGCAGUUAGGUUGCAGAUCUCGGUCUUUAACUCUAUAGUACUGUUUUUGGUUCAUGAUUAUGGACAACCGGUGCCACUUUUUUCAAGUUUCAGUGUGACACAGGAACCCGAUGUUGAAGAGGAACGUAGAAUGUCUUUAAGCACUUAAAAUGCUGUUCACACUUUAUGGCUGAGCAUCCUGGUCUAACGCUCAGUGCGUACUGUAUCACACUUUGAUCUGCUCGGAAGGCAGCAGCAGCAAACAAACGAAUCUCUUCAACACUGUAACUACACGCGACUCUGUAAAGUUUUCUCACAGGCAAGGCGCUGAAAGUUUCCAUGUGGUUUCAAAGGGAUGAAUGUGAAUUAUUGAACUAGUAUGUGACAGUCAUUGUCCACAAAGGACUACUUAAUAGGAGGCACUUUUUAAACUUUAAUGCUUGAGAAUGAGUUAAAGGCGUAUGCGAGCUGACAGAUAAUAAACAAAUAAGAGAGAGGAGAAAGGAAAGAGAAAAAAAAAUCUUUGUCCAGUGUUUUUGAAAAAGAUGGACUUUAAAGAAUCUUGCAAUUUGCACAUCUUGAGUUUAUCAUUUGUGUGGUAUUCCUGCAGUUUUUACCUAAUAAUGUUGUGGGGUGGGGGGAGGGUGUCUGAAAGAGCAUAAACAAAUGUAGCAAUGACUCACUAACCUGCCUGGCUCUAGGCCGUUUCGUAGGGUUACGUUCCUUUCCCAGUCCAUUUUGGUCUCUGCCAUAUCUGCCACACAGAACCAGUCCUACCGGGACAGCUCUGAGAAUUUGUCUUCAGACUUGCUGAGAGUUUUCCAUGAGAAACAUUUCUGUAAGUAAGCAAGGCGUUUAGAAAAAAAACAAGCCGAAUGUUAUUUUUCCUCUUAUGAUUCUUUGUUCUUUUCAUUGCCUCGUUUCCCAUUUGGACGACUAGAUUCAGGAGUUUGGUACAGAAGGAGCUGCGGGGAUGCUCAGCUCCCCAUUAGGGCUGCACAGCCAGCCGCUCACACGAGGUGCUUGGCGCCUGGGGCCAACAGAGGGAGGACCCCACAGCUUUCUGUGGGGUCUGGCUUGGACCCUGCAAGGUUGAGCAUUCACAUCAUUUUUUUGGUUGGUGAGUUCCCGCCUUCAGGUAGUUUUAAAGCCGUACUGAUGGGGAGGAAAGGAAAUCAAAGUUCUGGAUAUUAGAAAUACAGUACCUAAAGCAAACGAGCCUAUUUAAAAUCUCCUUUUCCCUCUCUCCUAAAAUGCAAUGCUUUUAUUUAAGAAAAGAAAGAUUAACCCCAAACCCCAGCUUUGACUCUGUUAUGUGUUACUUGAAAUUUAGCUCACACCAGAACUAAUUGUUUUUAUACCAUAUUCUGGGGUGCACCAAAAAGUUGAAAUAUGUUUAAAAUAGCUUGAAACUAUUCUUGAAUUUCCUUGAAUUUUAUUAACCUCUCAGCGGGCUACCAAACAGCUGAGCGGGUUUCUUCUCACAGUCACGCAGCUUAGGUAGUGCUUCUUCGUUAAUAUUUCUGCUCAGAGAAGUUGCUUAAUCUUCCAUAUACUCUGCUCAGGGCACACUUGCAAUUUAUUGUUUUGUUUCGUUUCCUGUUUCGUUUUUGAGCUUUGAUGGUAAAGGAAUAGAAAGAAUCGCAGAUGUUACUUGGCAUUUGUACCACUAUUUCUGUCAUUCACAGUACUGGGAAAAAAUCUCCACGAGAACCACGCGCAUUCACGGUUGUGGUUGAUGAGGAAGCGGGGGCUAUUGAACUGACUGGAUCUAUUCAACUAACACUAAAAAAAAAAUAGAAAACUAAUAAAAAAUAUAUAAGUUUGGAGCAAUAGGAAUGUAUUAGUUCUGUGCUUGUAUUUCAGACUGAGGAAUUCUGAAAUAACUGGUUCUUUCCAAACAACUGUCCCUUUCCGUGCUUUGGCUUUUGUAGGAUGUGCAAUACUUUACGUGCCAACGUAGACUCACCUGUGUGGUGUUAGCUAGAUCUCAUACCCUCUUCUGGUUUCCCCUUUCUGUUCUCUUGGAAUAGUUCCUUCCUUCCUUCCUUCCUUCCUUCCUUCCUUCCUU